ACGGGGCGGGGCUGCGAGAGGUAGGUGGAGUUGCCACCAGUAAACAUGGCGGUGGGAUCGCUGCGUUUAUCUCGCACCUGGGCGCUGGCAAUGUACACGCGGGGAGGGCUACUGCUGCCACCAAACAUCACCAGACACCCGCAAGCUUGCAGGUUAAAGUCAUCGGCUCAACUUCUAGUGCGACAAGAUUUGCCUAAAUUGGCUUACCACAAGCAUAAGGGCAAAAGUCCUGGAGUAAUUUUUUUGCCUGGUUAUUUAUCAGACAUGAAUGGUCAUAAAGCAAUGGCACUUGAAGAUUUCUGCAAAUCCCUGGGUCACUCGUUCAUCCGGUUUGAUUACACAGGAUGUGGUGGUUCAGAAGGAAGCAUACAAGAGUGUACAAUAGGAAGAUGGAAGAAAGAUGUACUUUCUAUUCUGGAUGAUGUGGCCGAAGGACCCCAGAUAUUAGUUGGGUCAAGCAUGGGAGGAUGGCUAAUGUUGCUUGCUGCACUGGCUCGUCCAGAAAAGAUUGCAGCCCUUGUUGGUGUCGCCCCUGCUGCGGAUCAUUUUGUAACUGCAUUUAAUCAACUUCCAUCAGAGGAAAAGAAGGCAAUUGAAGAAACGGGGGAAUGGAAAUUGCCUUCAAAGUAUUGCGAAUCUGGAUUUUACGGCAUACCUUAUUCAUUUAUUAAAGAAGCUGAAAACCAUUGCAUACUAAAUGGUCCUAUACCUCUAACGUCUCCUGUUCGACUUAUCCAUGGCAUGAAAGACGAGGAUGUGCCAUGGCAUGUGUCCUUGCAGAUCGCUGACCGAGUUAUUAGUACAGACGUAGAUGUCAUUCUUCGUAAACAUGGUCAACAUCGGCUGAGUGAGAAAGAUGACAUUAAACUUCUAGUGUAUACAAUUGAUGAUUUAAUUGAUAAACUUAUAACACUGGGAUAAAGUGAAUACAAUAAAAUACACUGUACCAUAGGCAAUAGUCUACACCCAAGUGUUCUUCCCGCCAAGCAUCCCAUAUUAUAUAGAUGUUUGCACAGGUCAGGGCCACAAAAUGUUAUGUGGGAAUGGAAAAGACUGUUUACUAUUUUGACUUCAGUAUUUACAGUGUAUUUUUAUACCACCCCAAUCUUCCUCAUUUUCUACUUGCCCUUUAGUAAAUGUGAAUUUAUUUUUUUUUUUAAUUGUACAGACUUGCUUGCAGCCACUUUCAGUACCACUACUUAUUUUGUGUAUAGGCCGAAAAAAUUAUAAUAAAAUAAUAUAUCCACAA